UAAUUAUUCAGCAUUUACUGGAUAAUACCAUUCAGAUAAUGGCUUAUCAAUGGUUAAAGUUGCUAUUUUGCUUUGUUGUUUUUACCAAUACUCAAGUCCGAGGCGAAGUAUUUCUGGACCUGGACCUGAACUUGACUAUACCAGGACAAGUGACGGAAAUUGGUGGCCUCAAAAGCUAUGUGACGGAAAUUGGUGGCCUCAAAAGCUAUGUCACGGGCCCUGAUACUUCGGAUACUGCUAUCGUAUUGAUUUCAGAUGUAUUUGGAUUUGAAAUUCCCAACUUGAGGAAGAUCGCCGAUAAAAUUGGGGCAGCUGGGUUUUACACUGUGGUACCCGAUUUUUUCAAUGGAGAUCCUUAUGUUUCGGGUCAAAAAACUUGGGGACCUUGGUUUAGUAAACAUCCUGCUGAAAAGGGAAUCACGGAUGCAAAUAAGGUUAUUGAAGCAUUAUCACAAAGCAAAAGCAUAAAUAAAAUUGGCGCUGCUGGUUUUUGCUGGGGAGGCAAGGUUGCUGUGGACCUUUCAAAGCCCCCUUCAGUUCGAGCUAUUGUGUUGUUGCAUCCCACAUAUGUUACUGAAGAAGAUAUUCCGUGUGUUAAUGUUCCAGUUUCAAUCCUUGGAGGUCAGGCUGACACUCAGGUUCCACCAUCUCUUAUCAAAAAGUAUGAAUCUGCUUUGGAAAAAACUCAUAAGGUUGAUAGCUUUGUAAAGAUAUUUCCGGGAGCUGAACAUGGGUGGACAACAAGGUACAACGAUACAGAUGCCGCAGCUGUGGAGAGAGCAAAUGAGGCACACCAGGACUUGUUGAAUUGGAUUAUUAAGUAUGUAAAAUAAAAAAUAUAUAUAUAUCAAUGCUAAAAAUUAGAUAUCUUUUAAUUCAUGCCAAUACAAAAUGUAUGUAGCAAAAUACAAUAAAAGCAAAAUCACAAUUCAUCAACGUGUGUAUUGACAUUUAUCUCAGCAUUUGGAAAAAUGAUAAUUGUACUUUGAGUUGGUCGUCGAGUAAUAUUGUAUUUUCGAGUAGAAUUAACUAGAAUUAGUGCUCCAGACUUGCACACAACCUGAGUUACAAAACAAAUACUAUAAAAUAAAAUGUGUAUAUGCA